UCAAGCGGGAGCGAUACAUCGAGGCGACACUGGCGCAAGGGGCGACAAAGUUUAUGGGGGUAAGUCGGCUGAGGAGUUAUAACUACAAUGCGGGUGCGACAAGCCCAAAGUUGUACCCGGCACGGCGGCUCGAUAUUCGUUUUGUGGAGCCGGAGUGUUUCCCUGCGGCGCUGCUGUACUUUACUGGCAGCAAGCACUUUAACGUCGUCAUGCGGGCAGAAGCGAUCAAGCAGAACUUUGUGCUAAAUGAAUACGGCCUCUUCCACAAUGACGCAGCGGCCACCGUUGCUGCCGCCGCCGAGGACAAUGCAGUCGAUGGCAGCAGUAGUUGUGGUAGUGGUAGCAGCGGCGGCAACAGCAAGAAUAAGCCUAAUAAUAACAAUAGUAAUAACGGUGGUGGGAGCAACACGGCCCGAGGCCGGUGGAAUGCGGAGGCAUUUCAGAAGUUGGUCCGGGCACAGUACUACUCUGCUAAGUCUCCCGCAUUUAUGGGAGAUGACGAUGGCCACGGUGAAGAGGACGACGACGGCGAAGAUGGUGCUGACGGGGCUGGCGAGGAUACACGUAGCAAGAAGCACGGGAAGAAGAUUUCAGCAGCACGGCAGCGGCAACAGCAACAAGAACUUGCCGCUCUCUGGCGUGAGGUGGAGUCACGGCGAGUGAAGGUGAAACACGAGCGUGACAUCUUUGACGCAUUAGGCAUGACGUACGUUCAGCCCGAGCAACGCGAGAUGUGA